UACGCGUGUACCUGUGCGCGACGAAUAAGCCGUGCCACCGGUAACCUUGGACGAGUCGUGUCGUAGUAGUUAUCGCGGUCAAACCAUGUGGCACCAAUGAUUACGGGUACACCGCACGAAUACGUAUAGUAUAUUGUAGUGCAUUAUUGUACGCACCUGUGGUACCGUGCACGACAUUACUGCAAGAUGGUGUAUUGUACGUCGCGUUAAAAUUUUUAUAAUUUCACAACGGGGGGGGGGGGGGGGGGAGAAACGUUAUCACUGCGUUCGGCGUGACUGUACCGCCCGUCCCCGCGGACCGCGUGCGAAACCGACAGCUCGUGCAGCACAGGGUCUAUACGUCGGUAACGCGGUGCACGGACCAAGGUUGCUGAUUAAAAGUAACGGAAUUUUCGACGGUAAUUGAUCUUGUAGGUUAAACCCAAUCACAAUAAAUUUUCGCCGCAGACCGCGACCGUUACCGCUGGUGCUGUAACGCGCGACGUUUUUCCCUGGUCCUACGGUCGUCUGGAUCACGUAAAAUUUUCGAAUCGUCUUUGAUGUGCUGGAACAAGUGCCGACCGGAUUCGUUCGUCUCCCGCGCAACACUCGUCCAACCGAACGCCGGAUAAACACGUACGAUGGGCGAACACUUGACCGACCAAGAACUGCGGCAUCGUUUGUCCGUGUUCAACACCGUGGUCCCUCCAGUCACCAAUUCCACCAGAGGAUUGUUGCUGAAAAAACUCGCAAAACUCGAACAUGAUGCAAAUGUGCAAAUGAACCAGGUUGGCUCGUCCGUUAAAGAUAACAGCUCUUUGUUAAACGUUUCAAAUUGGAAUAAUUCUGCCAGUGAAGACGAAGAUCAAAACUCUUAUUUGUUACCAGACUCCAAAAAGUUUCUUAACAAAUUACCUGAAAUACAGACUGAAAUUAAAACGCCUAGGCUCCUUGACUCCAGUAUAAACAUAACUUCGAGAGAACCUGUCAUUCGAAGACCUCGGUCGGAUCCUCUUACUGAAACUCCAAACGCUGAUAAGGCUAUACAAAGGUGGAGAAAAAAAAUGAUGGAUCAAUCACAAAAUAACUCUGAUGUGACAAAUACUUCACAAUUUGAUUUUCAAUCGCCUGUUUUAUCAAUUUAUUCUCAAAAUUCAAGGAGAUAUGUUCAACCAACACCACAAAGACACCAAGGAACUAGCUAUACAAGAAAUACUCAAUAUAUCAUAUUACUUUUUGUUGGAUUUUUUGUAGUCAUUUUUGGAUUAUACUUUACUUCAAUACAAUCAAGUACAUUUGUAUUACCUUCAGGUGUUUUGAAUACAUUGUGUGCUGUUAAAAAUCUAGAAACAUUAGAUUGUAAUGCAGAACAAGAAAAAACUCAACUAUUAUAUAACUUUUUGAUAUCAGAAGUUCAAGAUAAAUUUAUAAAGAACCAAUGUGAAAAUUCAGAUAUAAAACCAAUUAUGGAAGCAAAAACUGUGUUUGAAUAUAUUUCUACCCAUGAAAAUAUGCCAUCUAGAGAUAUCGAAGAACUAAUUGGACUAUUUAUGAAUAUUGCAAAAACUUAUUCUGAUUCGCCCAUUGGAUUUGAUGAUAAUGCAUUUAAUAUAAACGUGCAACCAAAUUUACCAAUUUUCUGUGCUGUUAAAAAUAUUUUCGCCAACAUGUUCUAUCUUGUUUUAUGGCUUGGAGUUGUGGCUUUGGCUAUUAUUAGUGUUUAUUUUGGAAUAUGCUAUGUUACGACUAAAAGUGAAAAACAUAGGCAAGAAGUUAAUCGAUUAGUUGAAAGUACCAUUGAUUUAUUGAAACAACAAGCACAAUAUAGACCAAAUGAAGGUUAUCUGCCAAUUAUACAUAUACGUGAUCAAUUAAUUCCACUCAAUGAAAGACAAGCUAAAUCUAAAAUUUGGAAUGAAGUUGAACAGUACUUUACCGAAUCAGAAUCAAGAGUAAGAUCUGGAAUUCAGCAAAUUGAUGGUGAAGACUUUCAUGUUUGGAGAUGGGUUCAACCUAUGUCACCUGGUUCAGCGAAAAAAGUUUGGCAAGGUCAAGCAUUUGAAACUAAUGAAGGUAGUAUGAAUUCUCCUCAACCAAGUCCUACUUCCUGUCUGAAAAUCCGUCACAUGUUCGGACCAGAUUCUUUGAUUGGAACUGAUUGUAUAACACGUGUUAAAGAUGCCAUUUUAGAAAAAUGCGAUGGUGUUGAGGUUCUACAUCUUUCAGUUGAUGGUAACAGUCUAGAAGGAUGUGUUUAUGUUAAGUGUGCUUCUCCUGCUGAAGCAGGAAAAGCUUAUAGACAGUUACAUGGAUUUUGGUAUGAUGGCAAAUUAGUUACUGUUAAAUUUUUACGUUUGGAGCGUUAUCAUCAAAGAUUUCCUGAUGCUGUUUCUGCAACAAUACCUCUUAGGCCUUCUAAUAAUGAAAAACGUUCAUUACAAUAAAUUAUGUUGUAUUUAAAGAACUUUUAAAUAUUAAUGUAAUAGAAAAAUGUUUUUACUUAUA